UGUACGUAAAAAACAAAAAGCUAUGUAGCCGCUAUACCACUGUAUUUGACAGGUGUAGAGAAACUUCAAUGCAUGUUUUCUUGUACAUAAUCGCAGAAGAUGUGUUCGGCGAAUGAUUUUGUUAUUUCUCCUGGAUACGUGAUUAAUAAGAAUAAUCCUUGCUUUGUAAUAGCAGAAAUUGGGCAAAAUCACCAAGGUGAUAUACAAAUUGCAAAGCAGUUGAUAGAUGCUUCGAAGGCUGCUGGUGCAAAUUGUGUUAAGUUUCAAAAAUCAUGUUUGACAGAGAAAUUCAAUGUUGCUGCAUUGAAUCGCCCGUACACUGGACAACAUUCUUGGGGUAAAACAUACGGAGAGCAUAAGAAAUAUUUAGAAUUUUCGAUUGAGGACUUUAAGGAAUUGCAAAGUUAUGCAAGGAAUAUUGGUAUAAUUUUUUCAGCUUCAGCAAUGGAUUGUGUUUCUGUGGAUGUAUUACAUGACAUGGAUGUUCCAUUCUUAAAAAUUGGUUCUGGUGAUACAAAUAAUUUUCCCUUGUUGGAAUAUGCUGCUACUAAAAACCGCCCAAUGGUUAUAUCUACAGGUAUGCAAGACUUAGAGACAGUCCGUGCUGUUUACACCUUGAUGAAGCAAAUGAAUGCAAAGUUCUCUUUGCUUCACUGCGUUUCGUCAUACCCUGUUCCUGUGGAACAAAUAAAUCUGGAAGUUAUAAAUCUUUACAAGUCAGAAUUUCCUGAUAUUCAAAUAGGUUAUUCUGGUCAUGAACUUGGAACAAUGGUAUCUGUAGCUGCUGUGGCAAUGGGAGCACGGGUAAUUUUUAAUUAUUCAUUCACAUCCUCUUCACAAAUCAAGGACAACGUAGUUCGAAGAGAAUCAGAUGGAUUUGCUGGACCGGUUUCCUCAGAGCCUAUUGAGCAUAUGGGGGAUGAACUGCAGUGUCUCUUUCAUGUUAAGCAAGUUGCACAACAAUUCUACACCAGAGAAUGUAAACGUAGCACAGAGAAAUCCAACACUAAUAGCUACGUGGCCAGUAUCUUCAGAACCAACAGCAGUGGGUAUCCGGUGAAUUUUGACCGCAUUUUAGUAAAUGGUGGAAUUGAUUGCCCACUGUUACUCGAAGAAUUGAAUUUUAGAGUCUCUGCAAUUCGCUCUAGAAAUAACGAUGCGUUUUCUAUGGUGACUUCUACAAACAACUACACUGCAAAUAACCCUAUCUCUGGAAUGACUAGGAUGAUUGUGGAACGACACAUUACUCUUGACCCCAGUUGGAAAGGAACAGAUCAUAAGAGUUCCUUAACACCUGUUGAAUUUUCAAAAAUGGUACAAGAGAUACGAGAGCUAGAAAAAGCCUUAGGCAAACCUGAGAAGAAACGUCAACCAUCUGAACUUGAUUGUUUCAUGAAAUUGGGCAAAACACUUGUUGCUGGAAAAUAUUUAAAGCGAGGCGUACCACUUCAAAAGGAAGAUAUAAAAAUCAAAGUGGCCGAUCCAAAAGGCUGUCCAGCUGAGUCUUUGAAUUCUAUUCUUGGGAAAGUUUUGAUUCGAGACGUAGAAGAAGAUGAAAGUAUUAUGGAAGAUAAUGUUGUUUAGAAGAAAAUUUUUUGCUCAGAAGGCUGUGGUUAACUCAGUAUUAAAUAAUUGCAAGAAACUUUUCUUGCUCUUAAUAUUAUUAUUUAAACCAUUGAAAAAUAAUUUUUGUUAAAAAAUUUUAAGUUUAUAUUCAGGUAAAUGGAUUGUAAAGAUUUCAAUGAAAAUAAGAAACCCGGGCUUUUAAUAAAACAUCAGAUUGUCAUUGAUUUGAAAAAGAUAAGUAGGAGAAGAAAUGAGAAUAUGAAGAGACAAGACAAUUUGUAAUGUACAAUAAUUGUGGUCAUAGAGACACUUUUGCACUCGCAUAGAAGUGUGGAAUGUAUUGGCAGAAUUUUGAUAAUUAGAGAUCUGUAUUAAGUUAUUUUAGAUUCAAAAUUGGAAAAGUAUAAUGUUUGUUCUGAAAUUUGGAAGAUAAGGGUUCUUUAUGAGUUUUUCUCACAAUCUUUUUAAUACUUAUUAUUAUACAAUAGUUAUUCUCAAAAAUACAAUGUGGACAGCUUUUCCCCCCAUCAGGUGUCGUUGUAAUUUGGCGGUUCACUAGCUGUCCAAAUAAUGUAGGCUACAAAUACAAAGCUUCUCAUGAGUGCAACAUCUUUUUUAAUUUAUUAUGAUUAUAAAACAGAUUUGAUUUAUAAAUUUAUUUAUUUAUAUAUUUAUUAUUUAUUUUUAUAUAAUGUCAGAAAAAUUAAAAAAAAAAGUUUAUGACGUAUGGGCAGAAGCACAAAGUGUAUACAUUUUCUUGUGCUUCAGGCUCCCAAACUCAUUUUACUGUACAUUGGCAUUGCAAAUAACAAAGGUUUUUGUAACUAACCUUUUAUAAAAAGUCUGAUGAAAGCCAAAUAUACAAAAACUGUAGCAGUAUUAAUUGAAUUGACUCAUUUCAAGGAAAUAAAGGUUCCCAUAAACACAAAAGAAAGAUACAAAAAAUGUUCCCUAAAAAAGAAUACUAAUAUGCUGAAAAUUUGGUGCAUCAAGUAAGUGAUUAUUGAAUGCAAAAUAAUAGUCAUUUCCCACUUAUUUUGAGAUUAGGUUUGAAAAAGUGAUUUUAUAAUUUUGCAAAGCAUUGUCUGAUCAAAAAGUAAUGUGCAUAAUAUUUGGUAGAAAAAUAUGCAGAGAAUAAUAAAGGAAUGUCUAUUGUGAUCACUAAUGAUGCCAAGGAAGAAGUCGAAAAAUGUCAUUGUGAUACAGUGAAGUUCCAAUGCAUAUCUGCAAAUUUUUUGGCUGUUUUUACAAUUUAGGUGUGGGUGUUAUAGGCAAAAAAUGUAAGAAAUUUAAUUUUUUGCUCCACUGAAGAAAAAUUGUUUUAAUUAAUAUAAAACAAAUUUGUUUAAUUCACACUUAUGGAAAAUACUUGGUGCAGAAAUAAAUAUUUUAAUUAUACAAUUACUAACAAGAUAUCGGUUUCCUUAACAAAUGCGUGUUUUGUGUAUCACCCUAAAUUUUUGUGUUAUUUAUUAUGACAAUGAAGAAGGUAAUGAUUUUAGAAAUCACUCAAUUUCAAAUGAUUAAAUAUUUAAAUUUUUUAAAAUGCAUUUCUUAUUCUUAAUUAUCUAGCAUCAGUGUUUUAAAAAAGCCUGCAUGCAAAUUGUUUUGAAAUUUCGUUUAAAAAUUUUCAUGAGGAUGUUGUAUGAAUAUAACUACAUACAAACUUAGUAACAAAGAUACAAAAUUGAAGGGAAUUCAGUUAACAGUAGAUUAAUUUAGGAAAUGUUUGGAUUAUUGUAGAAUCACAAAAUGAUGAAAUUGAAGCCAUACUGAAAGAACUAAAGAACGAGAAUCUCUAGCUAUAGAUAAGACCAGUACAUUAAUGUAAUGAGAAUUCAAGGAAAUAGAAAACCGUGAGAAGCAAUCCCUGUGGCAAAAGGAAUGUCUAGGAGAUUCUCUAAGCCUGUGUCAUUUCAAUGCAGUAAUUAAUGAUGUGUAAAAACUAUUCCUGAAUAUAAGAAGAAAGAUAAUGUUAUACUGUCUCAUCAUUCUUAUCAUUCUACUACAAUCAAUCAUUAGAUAAUGAGGAUAAUUUUCAAAUGCUACUCUACCAAUUUUUGCUUAAAAUAUAAUAAUUUUAAGUUUGCACUUUCCCGCUUCAAAACAAAAUGUUAAACCGUCAGCUAGGAACCAAAGCAUUGUAAGUUGGUAUUACAAAGAAGAAUGGUCAAACAAAAAUAAGGGAACUCGUAGGAAUAACAUUUGUCAGUAGUGUCAAUUUGUACUCUUGAAGUAAAACAUUGGGACAAUAAAGCUAUAAGAAUAUGAGGAUAAUUAAAUGAUCUUAAACAGUCAAAUUUAUAAGAAAAGUAUGAUUGUUACUAAUAAUGUUAAUCAUUUAACACAUUAAAUUUAACACCUUUCUUCUUGUUCAUAUAUACUGCAACGCAAUGUUUUGUGUAAUAUACGCAUCAUCAGGUGUGAACAAAAAAUUAUUAUAUUUAUAAGAUUCAUCAUUCUGUAAAUGUAACGCAUCAUUCAAUUGGCUCUAGCAUAUUACUAAUUCCUUUUACUAUUGGAGGAGCACUAUAGAAUAAGUUGAAUUUCUUGGCUAAAUUUACAAGAUUGUGGUAUUCUUAUCCCAAAACUGCAAACUGUGUUCAAGAGUUUGAAAUCUUAGAAUGUAUUCAAGAAUUUGAAAGUAAUUGUAAAUUAAGUUACUAAAAUUAUCUGUGUUCUCAGAGUUUAAUUUUCAUGGAUUUUUUUCUCUAAAUUCUUCACUGUUGGUGAAAUCUCGGAGAGACACAAAGUGUGCUCAAGUAUUAUGAUAGUGGACGCUAUCAGAAUAAUAUUGUUUUGUGUAUUUCUUUAUUGUAUUAUUAUUAAUCUCAAAAUCAAUUUAAAAAAAAUUAGGUUCAAAAAUUUGACCUAUGUGUACCUUUCAAUUGCCAAAUCAAUGGACCAUUUAAGAAUAUAUUUCAUGGAUUGACGGAAAAUUUCAGAUUUGUUUGCUUUAAUAAGUACAUUAAUACAAUAUUUAAACAUGAACAAACCUGUGUAAAACUCGCUUUUAUAAAAUAGCAAUGAAAGUAUUGCAUAUUGAUAUAGUUAAGAGUGAUUAUUUGUGAGUAAAUAGUCUUUAAUUGUUAUAAUUAUAUUAAUAUGACUAGAUUUAAUUGUCGAUUAUAUACAAUGGUUUCAAUUCUUGCUAUAAUCUGCUACAGAAUUGCAUUCUCGUAGUAGUUUUCUAUUUCCUUUGGCCUCGGUCUUAGUCACAUACCAGCUGCCAUUAUCGCCAAAC